AGCGGGUGUCAGUGGCGAAACAGCGGCUGACUGUUGACCAAGAGAGAACGGGAACUGAUCGCUUCAGAAACACAAAGGGACAUCGCCAUCCAGCACUAUGAGCAUCAAACUGUAUUACACCACCGUCACUGCAUCUCGAGAGGUCAAGUCUCAGCAGGCGGAAGUGAUGCGUAUUCUGGACAGUAAGAGCAUCCGGUAUGAGCUGAUUGACAUCUCGGUGGGCGGUGCGAUCCGGGAUGAGAUGAGGAGUAAAUCAGGAAACCCUACAGCAAUCCCACCUCAGAUAUUCAAUGAAGAUCAGUACUGUGGGAACUACGAGAUGUUUACUGAGGCGGUGGAGGGAGACACAGUGGAACAGUUUCUGAAGAUUGCAUGAGAGCCAAACCUGGUAGCAUCAACAUCCUCUUCCCUUCCCUGGUCCAUGUCCACAUUCCCAAAGGCAGGCCUGCCUGUCACCCUCUGCUCCGCUGGCGGUGCCUGCCUUCUCUGUCUCAAUGCCAUGCCACAUGCCAAAAACAAUCAACAGAAAAGCACAUAUUCAACUCUAGACCACCACACUUACCCUCAAUCAAACCCACACUCACUCGUUUAAUCUUUUGUGCUGUUUGUUUUGAUUAUCUUAAUGAUUCCUCUCUUGUGUCCUCUUUGAUUCUAAUGCUUGAACGCCACUAAUUUGUCUUAAUCUUGUUUGGAUCAGAGCGCUCGGAUAUGUAGUAUUUAGGUCAACUAAUCUGGGCAGCAACCUGAUGUUUAUUCCAGAUUGAACUAAUCCACAGUCCAAGAAAUGCAAGAAUCAUUUUGUGUCCAGUAAUUGCCAAUUUGCGUAGAUGGCCUUCCCAUCUUUAGUACUGAUGGAUCAUUUGGAAAUGGUUAAGUAUCCUCUGGCUGAAAUAUAUUAUGUGUCGUACCUUAAAAACACAGGCUCUAACUUCCAGCAUGAUGAAAACCAGCUGUGUUGGAUUCUUUAAGCACACUGCUUUGUAUUGUAUGACCUUCAAGACCAAUUUCCAUUCUACAUUCCCAAAUUUCAGGGAUUGGUAAACGUUCCAUUGCGCUAAACUGUGCCAAUAAAUUUCUGUGCGAGUGAAUUUUUCCAUAUAAACAUUUUUUGGUAUCCUCUGACAACUUAACAUGCGCCUGACUUACUCCAAAAUCUAAAAAAACAUGUCUUAGACCAAUUCUUUUAUUAUUAUUUUCAUAAUAGUUAAAAAUGUCUUUACAAUUAUCUCCAGUUAUGUUGUCAUGACUAUAGAUAUUGUUUCAUCAGCAGAUUAUAUAUUUACAUUAUACAUUUCAUUAUAUUUUUUAAUUAUUUGUGUACUUACGCGCAUUUGUUGUGUAAAAACAACAACUCUAAACCACAUAUACAUACACACACGUACAAACUUUGCAUUGUGUGUAGCUCUAAUGAUAAUUUUGCUAAAUUGUAAUGAAAACAAUGUGAAAAUGCAAAACAAAAUUGUCUUAAAAAUAUACAUCUCAUUGAAAUAAAUACAGCCUGGACACAUUGUUGGCUUUUGAAAUUUUAAGUUUCUUGAGAGUUAAACCAUAAUUGACCAAAACCAAGAUAACAAAUAAGAAGGUAAAUAAAGACGUUGAGCAGCUUUACCCAAUAAGUUUGCAAUACUCCAACACAUUCCUGCUGUAACCACAGAAUUUCAUCUCAUUUCAUUCUGGUAAUGCACUAAACAUGGGUUUUUUCGCGAUCAUCAGUGCAUUUCUUACUUGAGCUCUUAGGCAGCUCAGUACUUAAGUUGCGACCACAAAAUUAAUCUUCUAGUAGCCGAAUUACUCUAUAUGGCAUAGCUGGUCCAUCAAGCAUCGACUGCCAUAAAUUGAGUUAAUUGAAGGUUGUAGCAUUGACUUUCCAGCAAGUUAUUCUCACGUUGGUCAUAUUGGUACUUAAUUUAUGCUGUAAACUUCGCACAGUCUUACAAUUCCUGAUGUGAGUCGUGGUCCCACAUCUUUCUGAUUCAGUUCAUCUGGCUUCUGUAAUGUCUGCUGCUUUCGGUUAGUCUAUAGUCACGUUUACAGUAAAUGCCACUGUUGUUCUCUGCAGUCAAGAUUGAGGAUGUGGGACACGCGCGCGCACACACAAACAGCUCAUGAAAUGAUUGUGAAUCUUCCACUGUUGUUGUAUGUAAUGAUUUCUUGUGGUCUCUUUGUGCUGUACUGCUUCGCUUUUUGGACCAACGCUCUUUUUGGCCAAAAUAAAAGAACGAUAAUUAGGGAAUGAAA